AUGAGUAGUUUACUAAGUCUAUUCAGUUCUUGUCUUCCAUGUUUCCCUGAUCUUUCGGCCCCAUCAAUAACAAUCAACAGAUCCAAAUUUAGAAUAAUCAAAUUAUUAGGAGAAGGGGGAUUCUCUUAUGUAUAUUUGGUAAGUCAAAAAUCAACAACAUCAAAUGAAUCAUUCUAUGCCUUGAAAAAGAUCAGAUGUCCGUUUGGUUCGAAUGACGAAACUUUCAAGAAUGCAAUUAAAGAAAUUAAGAAUUAUCAUCGAUUUGUAAAUUCAAAAACACCUUAUAUAAUACAAUCAAUUGAUGAAACAAUUAUAAACGAAAUAGAUGGAUCAAAAACCAUAUAUAUUCUAUUGCCGUACUUUGAAAAAUCAUUACAAGAUAUUAUUAACAAUCUAGUCUUGAAUGAUGAAAAGAUGGGAGAAGAUGAAAUCUUACGAGUAUUUAUCGGUGUUUGUAGAGGAUUGAAAGUGUUGCAUAAUUUCAAGAAAGCAACGUCAACUAGACCAUUGACUAAUGAAGUUGAAGAAGAAGACGAGCUUUUGCUUCAGAGUGAAGAUGAAGAUGACUAUGAGGACGCUUUAAGUUUAUCACAACCAGGUGAUGCGAAUGUAUCCACAACCGAAAUGCAUGAAUUAGUGCCCUAUGCUCAUCACGAUUUGAAACCGGCAAAUGUAAUGUUAUCUGCAGAAGGCUUGCCAGUGUUAGUAGAUCUCGGAUCAUGUUCUCGAGCAAGAUUUUCAAUUAAGAAUAGGCAGCAAGCAUUAUUGUUGACUGAUUUUGCACAAGAACAUUGUACCUUGCCAUAUCGAGCCCCGGAAUUGCUUGACGUGGCAACGAAUGUGGAAAUCACAGAAAAAACUGACAUUUGGUCGUUGGGGUGUUUAUUAUAUUGCAACUGCUUUGGAUUUUCACCCUUUGAGAAAUUAGAAAUAGAACAAGGAGCCAAUUUAAAUUUAGCUAUUUCACAAGGUAAAUAUGUUAUUCCUGAUGGGAAUGGAGGAUAUUCUCAAGAAUUAAUUGACAUAAUAAGAAAAUGUUUGGUUAUUGAUCCUGAAAGAAGACCAUCUAUUGAUGAAGUAUUAGAAGCAGCGUUAGAAAUUAGCAGAAGAAAUGGAUAUUAA